AUGGCACAAACUCUGAUGACCUCGGGCUCGCUCUUUCGCAGAUACUUUGGCACCAACCUUGAGCUACUCUUACUAUAUCUAUUUCUUCUGGGCCUCCUCUCGGUCCCGUUCACUUCCCUAGGCCUUGUUUUUAUUCUAAAAAGCGGCCAUCCCAUCCAAUUUCCCCCCUCUGACCCUCACGUUGGCUUCGUCGCAGGUCCAGAUUAUCGCGGUACUCUAAACAUUAUCUGGGUAUGCAUAUCCACAAUCUUCACCUGCGUUUAUCUGUCCGUCCAUGUCGAUAUUUCGGACAAGUCGAGAGCGACGGAGUUGACGCAAACGUUGCAAACUGCGCCGACUCAGAGCUGGGCCGGGAAGAUAGCUCGCCACCUCGCCCCUCUAUGGCAUUUCACGGCGCAUUCGAUUUGCUUGCGGGUGCUCUGGAUGCUGUUCAACAUCUUCGCGCCAGAGCUCGUCGUUUUCGUCGCCGCAUUGGAGCGAAUGAGCGCUACCGACGCUGUCAAGUUUAUGCGCAGUCGUGGGCAAAACGACUGGAACAUGAAGCUCGCCUUCUUUGCCGACAUGGGUGGCUUCGAGCUCGACGACGGGACACACUUUCGCGACGGUCUCUCGUUCCUUAAGUGGUUCGACAGGCUCCAGGAGACCCAUGAAGGCGGCGUGGUGCUGACGGUCCGCCCACUCGUAGACGAAAUCAACGAUCGCAGCAACGCGGACCUCGUGCUCAAGGUCUUUACUUGUCUGCAGGCGACUUGGCUUCUUAUCCAGACGUUCGUGCGCCUCGCGGAAGGGAAAGCUGUCUCUGAACUCGAGAUAACGACGUGCGCCUACAUUCUUUGCACCGUAAUCUCGUACGCUUGUUGGCUACAAAAGCCGUACAGCAUCGCAGGACGGAUUGUCAUCCGAGACAAAUUCAUUGUUCCUCGAAACGAAUACACCUCACGGCAACAGAGCUCCCCCUUGUCGCGAAGUCAUCCGUAUCUCACCCUGCGUACCUCAGAAUCCACCCCGUCAUCGAUCCCCCUCACCCACAUUAGAGAUCACAUGGAAACGUCGAGAAAACCGGAGAGCGCACCUACUCAUCUUCCUAUCAUGAUUUUCUGCGGUGCACGCUUUGCGCCCUUUAAUCGAUCCUACCUGCGUCCGGGGAUAUCUUGGCCAGUUGGCUGUCAUGCCUCAGCCCUCGUCGGAGCGGCUGUCGGUCUAAUUCAUGGUAUUCCCCUGUGGAAUGCGCAGUUUGUCACCACCACUGGCCAGUGGCUAUGGCGCGCUUCAUGCAUCGUGCAAGUCGUCAUCCCAGCCGCCACUGCCAUGAUGGCGGUCAUCGAGAUUUGGUACAGCGGUGUGUUCCUCCUCGUCGCUACGCUUUUAAUGGCCUUUAUCUACUGUGUCUCCCGCAUCGUAUUAUUAACUCUCGUUUGGAUCUCCUUUUGGAGCCUCCCGACUAGUGUUUAUCUUGAUAUUGACUGGUCAUGGUCAUACAUUCCUCAUUGGCAUUAG